GGUUGCAAGGUAGAGAAAAGUUGACGACCCAGAGCUUCAUGUCGAAGGGGUGAACUGACAUUUGGAAGCAUAGAGACACCAUACGUUUUAGAGCAAUUUAAUUCUAUACUCGUAUUGUUUUUAUUAUCUUUAUCUUGACGUCAGGCUGUUGUGGAAGCUGCCUGUCAAUUGUUUUGUUUGUUUACGUUUCCGCUAAUUAUAUUUUCUUUGAAGACUGAUUUGUUUACCAGAAAAGGAUAUUUAGCCAUGAACUCAUUGAUACCUCUGGCUUUUUUGACAAUGGCGUCCAUCUAUAUGGUGGGUGCCAGCUGCCCUGCUGUGUGCCGAUGCCCUUCUGUGACCCCCGCGUGCCCGCCUGGCGUGAGCGCCGUGCCUGAUGGCUGCGGCUGCUGUCGGGUGUGCGCCGCCCAGCUCAACCAGGACUGCAGCGCUGCACGCCCCUGCGACCACCACAAGGGCCUGGAGUGUAACUAUGGCAACGAUGCCGCCAGCACCUGGGGCGUGUGUCGAGCCAAACUGGAGGGCCGUAGCUGCGAGUUUGGCGGCCGGAUGUACCAGAACGGCGAGGGUUUCCGCGUGGGCUGCAAACACCAGUGCACCUGUGUGGACGGUGCCGUGGGCUGCGCCCCUCUCUGCACCAACCAGCUGCCCCUGGCCUCGCCCGACUGCCCCUACCCAAGCCUGGUCCGCGUACCCGGGCAGUGCUGCUUCAGCGUGGAGUGCCACAAGGGGGCGCUGCCGCCCCUGCUGCCCCCGAAACAGAAACAGAAGCCCAGACCCAAACAGCAUCAGAACCAGAUUCACCAUGACGACCACAGCCAAACGCAAUACCGAGUGGAUGACAAUAGAGUGAGCAACAACGUGGCAGACAGGGUGGUGAACUGGGCAGACGAGCAGGGCUACAAGCAUCUGCCAGUGUGGAGUCCUGCUCAGAGGUGUGUGGUCCAGACCACAGACUGGUCGGCGUGCUCCAGCAGCUGCGGGAUGGGCGUCUCCUCCCGCAUCACCAAUGGCAACGCCCAGUGCAAGCUGCAGAAGGAGACCCGUCUUUGCAACAUCCGGCCCUGCAGCUCGCUGGAUAUUCCCCCCAAGAAAGGAAAGAAGUGCAGCCGCACCCGGAAGUCCCCCGAGCCCGUCCGCUUCUCCUACGCCGGCUGCCGCAGCGUCCGCCUCUACCGGCCCAACUACUGCGGCGUGUGCGUCGACGGGCGCUGCUGCCAGCCCACGCGCGCCCGCACCGUCCUCGUGCCCUUCCAGUGCCAGGGCGGCGAGCGCGUGGAGCGGGCGGUCAUGUUCGUCCAGUCGUGCCGCUGCAGCGACGACUGCGGACACCUGAACGAGGCGGCGCUGCCACCCAAGCGCUGGAUGUAUGGAGACACCCACAAGUUCCUGGACUAGAGAGAGUGAAAGAAAGUGUGUGUUUGUGUGAGAGAGGGAGAGGUGGACAAAGGAGAGACAUGGGAGAGACGUGGGAGAGACGUGGGAGACGACUGUUUUUUGGAAAAGACAGAGAGAGCUAAGCGGAGUGGACGACGAGGACAAUUCUUUUUAACCUGACUUUGGACGAUCGGUUUGAUCGAGACUGGGAUGUCUUGGAGAAUACCUGUCCUGAUUUGAUUUAGAGGGAGGGUUAUCCCCUUGUUUGACAUGAAUGGGACUUUCCAGUGUAGUUCAGCAGGGCUACGGUGCUUACAGUGGGGGUUCCUGGAUUGGACAAUCUGAGGUUGGCUGGUUUGGCCUCUUCUUUAAGUUCUGACUGAUCUGGUCAGGAGAUCCUGGACCCAGAUGGCUUGAUUGACAAGGCCCCAAUUUGGGGUCAUGUUUGAGUAUGGGUUUUAAUUUGGUUUGUUUUUGGUACAAACAUCACUUGCAACGAGAGUAUCUCAUUAUUACUACAGUCAGGGCAGUUCAAGUUCCUAGUCUGGAGUUAGACUCUGGUCUUCCGGAUGUCCUAAAUUUGACUGGCUUAAUUUGGUUUAUAUUUGGUUCUCUUUUUCUUCUUCUUCUUUACUUUUUUCCCCCCUUCACACACUUUUCCAUGUCCCUCACUGGGAAUACCUUGCUCCCAGCAGAGGUUCCUCAACAACAGAAAGGUCAGAUAUUUGCUUAGGUGUCUUAUGCCACUUAUGCAGAAAAUGAAUUCCCAACUAUUUAGUCGGAAAAGGUGUAUAUAUUUGUUCCAUUACAUUUAUACAUACAAACAUAACCUUGAGUGGAGGCUAUGUGAUGAACGCGGCCCUCUGAAAAUAGAUUGACCCUGUCCAGUGCCAGCACAGAUGGCCUGUGCUUGAAUGACCUGCAUUUAAAGCAACAGUAUGCAGGACUAUACCACUCUGAGGUAUUCUUUGGUAUCUUAAGCAGUUAGCUGGCUAGUUGUAACCCAUAACUCUGCUGGCUAACUUAUCAGGAAAGCCAUGACGCACAGACAUGACACACAGCCAUGCCUGCACAGACAUGACCAGCCUUAGUUAGUCUCGCUUGACUUGACGUUACUUCUGCACUUGCAUAAUGAGAGUGCAGUUUAGAGACAACUGGUUGAAAUCGUGGACUGGAGGCUAGCUGGAAAUGCACGCUGCAAGGCUGGCUCUUGGACUUAAAUACCUUCAAAAUACCUUGAAUGCUUUUUUUUUAUUAUUUCCACCUUGAGGAGAAGUUUGGGCUGGUUUUGACAUGCCAUGCCGUCAGUGCCUUUAACGCUGUAGACGUGAAUCGUUCCCAUGUUAGCGUCUGCGGUUCCCAGCUGCAUUUUUCCCUCCAUUUGACCAUGGUUGUCUCCAGUUAUACGUUAAUAUACGUCCGGCUCUGCCCGAGUAGACAAUCUGAUUGACUGCACAAUGUGGACAUAAUCAUCUAAUGACGUGCUUCCAUAUACGAUGUUUUAAAGGUGCUGUAUUAACGAAGAUAAUCCCAGGACUGGCUCACCGAAAGUGAGUGAGUUACUGAAUGAAUGUAUGUAUGUAGUAAGGCUACUUCCCUUCUAUGCAAGUGAGCAUACAGUACCACCAAGAUGACUUCAAGGAAUCUGAAGGAAUAACCAAAGAUAAAGUCUGACUGACUGUCAAGCCUGGAUUGGCGCUUACCAAAGAGUAGGCUUACGCCUAAAAGCAAUUACCCCGAUCAUGCUGAAAACUGUAAUAUUAUUAUUUAUUCCAAGAUGUAUAUCGAGAUACUACAUGUUUUGUGUGUGUGUGUGUGUGUGUGCGUGCGUGCGUGCGUGUGUGUGUGUGUGUGUGUGCGUGUGUGUGUGUGCGUAAAUAGUGGGUGAGAGACUCUGCUCACCUCCCUACAGUCAGGAAAGCUGUAGUUAAGAACAGACUUCUUUUGUUGUGUUUUUUUUCUCUCUCUCUCUCUCUCUCUCUCUCUCUCUUCUUGCCUGUGUGGUCUGUGGACGAACGUUCCAGAGAGCGGGAGAUGUCUGUGUUGUGUGGUGUGCCUCUGAUUAUAGAUUGGGCCUGGCUCGUUUUAGUGGCGGAUGCUAGGGUAACUAAAAACGAGCCGUCGCUAGAGGACACAGGAGUGGUCCGCCCGCUCACUCGCCUCCUCCCCAAAAAGCACUGUGUGGAACUCCACCUCUGUUUUAAAAACGGGGGGUGGACUGGCGUCAAGUCGGUGGAGGAAGCCAUCAAGUCGAGGGUUUUGCUUUACCCUCUUCAGGAUUUGAUUGUGAUUUCAGAGCGGCGUGGGCCUUUUAUAUACGAUGAAAGGCCGGUAUUCACAUCAGGGGGAGAAAAAAGCUCAAGAAUUCCCCACGUCACCCUUUUUAAAACAAUGCCUCUAACGCAUGUUUAGGCAUUUCACCAAAAUACCAAGGCCUAAUUUGGGUUGGAUUUCGAAAAACAAUACUAUAAAUCAGACAGACACACAUAUUACUUGUGUUUUGUGUGGUUGAUUUAGCAGCAGUAGUGACUUAGUGAAAGACAGUGUGGGUGGGCGUGGAGGUAGAGCUUAAAUGGGGCAGGGAAACUUCUAGAAAUAAACUUCAGAGGUCAGGCCAGAAGGUACAGGCAAGCAUCAUAGGACUUGCACUGACUCAUUGCCUGGCAACGAACAAAACGCAAAUCUUCCAGUUCAUACUAAGGUUUGAAGUAUUUUUAAAGUUUGUUAGUUCUUUUUGUAGUACUUUUGAUAAACAUGUUUAAAACAAAAGUGGAAAACAGUGGUUGUAGGACACUAGUUUUUGACAAUGACCAUUUCAAUUUCAUCCUCUGUUCUGUCGCUGUGAUUGAACUAUGUUCAUUCAUUAGUAUGUUGAAAGUUUCUUCUCAAGACAUAACUAGAUAUCUCACAAGCUAGCUCACUUCAUAACAUAGAAAGCAGUGGUGGGAUGGAAAACAAUCCUUACAGGCAAAACAUCACAAGACUCACAAAUUUCUCUCAAAGCAAACAAUAUUGGCACUGUUUUCCAGAACAUUCUGUGCCCCUUUAACCUGUAUAUAAUACAGGCUUGAGUGCCCCCCCCCUCCCUGACGUUCGUCACACGGCAAGGUGUUAACAGAAGUGACGAGUUGCAAACGAGCUUCUCCUGGAAGCGUCUUUUUCUGCAUCCAGACAUUUGAGAACAUUCACCCCUCUGUGCCGCUAUACAUCACAACAGCAUGUGUGGCCUGCUCUGAUCCCCCCCACACAACGCACUGACUUGGUGGCUAUACGUGAUUUAGUGCUACGACGGCACAGGGUUGAUGACGAGCGGUUGGGAACAGUUGUUUUUUGUUUUACAAAUGAUUUUGUAAUACGGAGGAAUCCAAAGAGGCUCCAUCCAUCAGGCUAAUUUCUGGUAAAAUGACUGGAUUUCAUUGUGAUGUCCUGCAGCUGUACUGGAGUCGGCCCAGAGGGCCUAAUAAUAAAACUCACAUUUGUGCCAAAGUCUAA